CACUCCUGCCCUGGACCCCAGACUCCCCCCAGAGCUACCCUAGAUCUGGAGGAGGAAGGGGUCCGCGCACCAGCGUGGUGGCCUCAGCUGCCAGGGCGGCCACCCCAGUGAGCACCAGCCCUCCCUGACCAUGGCGAGAGCCUGUCGUCCCUCGGGGCGCAGGAGACGUCUGUUAGGAGGGGAGUUUGAGCGGUGAGGGGUGCACACGUUGCCUUACGGGUCUAGUGAGAGAUGCAGAGACCGUUUUCUUCGCGGGUGAGAAUGGGAAAAGACUUCCCCGAGCCACUGGAAGAGGAAUUCCCGCCAUGUGGUAGCAGUGAAGAUGUGAUCGCUGCUGACACAGAAGUCACAGGUCCCAGAAAAGCCUCUGGCUAGCUCCCAAAUGGAUCCCCAAAAGCAGCCCAAAGUUGCCCGGCACAACAGAGAGAUCUCAGGUAAAGUGAAGACAGAGGAAAUGGGGACAGAAGGCCCAGAGCCGGCCCUGCGGAGCGGGAAGGGGCCAGCACCUCCCACCCAGGCCAGCGGAGCCCGGAAGAGGGCAGACGGCAGUCUUUCUUCAAAACGAGGCGACAUCAAGCACAAAAAACGGAAAACGAAGGCGGCCCCCGCGGCCCCGGCCCCGGCCCCAUCUAUCGAGGGCGCCAUCUGGUUUGAUGACGUGGACCCAGACGACAUCGAGGCGGCCAUAGGCCCAGAGGCUGCCGAGGCGGCCAGAAAGCAGCUGGGCCAGGGCCAGGGCCAGUGCGGCGUGACGCUGGUGAAGGAGCAGGCCUUCGGCGGCCUGACGAAAGCCCUAGCCCUGGACUGCGAGAUGGUGGGUGUGGGCCCCAAGGGGGAAGAGAGCGUGGCGGCCCGCGUGUCCCUCGUGAACCAGUUCGGGAAGUGCGUGUACGACAAGUACGUCCGGCCCGCCCAGCCGGUCACGGACUACAGGACGGCGGUCAGCGGGAUCCGGCCGGAGCACCUCGGGCAGGGGGAGCGGUUCGACGUGGUCCAGAAGGAGGUGGCCGGCUUGCUGAGGGGCCGCAUUCUCGUCGGCCAUGCGCUGCACAACGACUUGAAGGUGCUGCUCCUCGAUCACCCGAAAAAGAAGAUCCGGGACACUCAGAAAUACAAACCUUUUAAGAGCCAAGUGAAGAGCGGAAGGCCAUCCCUGAAGCUGCUGGCCAAGAAGAUCCUGGGGGUCCGUGUGCAGGAGGCGGAGCACUGCUCGGUCCAGGACGCCCAGGCAGCGAUGAGGCUGUACGUCGCCGUCAAGAGGGAGUGGGAGAACGCGGCCAAGGCAGGCGCCCCCCGGCCGCCGCCCCCCCGCGACCGCAGGGACGGCGCCUCGGGGGACCCGCCCUGCACCUCCGGGCCGUGUGCCCACGCGCAAACAGCCAUGAGCAGACGCGUCCCUCGGAGCGGAUCCUUUCCCCCGGAGACUGGAGGCCCCAGCCCUCAGCAAGGCCUUGGGUCAGUAGGCUGCCAGCUGCCCCGUUCUGGAAGAGACGCCUGCCGCUGCCCCGAGGACUCAGGCUUGGAGCCUGAGGAACCGCUCCGCAGGCGCUGGUGACCUCGGCCAGGCUCAGGCGCGGGGAGCCGGCCGCCCGCGGCCCUGAACGCCGGACAGAGGGCAGAGAUGGCUGAACAGCGAGCAGGCUUUACUUCA